AUGGCGUCAGGCUUCCUUAGAGUUCGCGGAAACAAAAUCGUUGACCAGAAUGGCGAAGUGGUCAUACUGCGAGGGGCAUCUCUCGGGGGAUCUCUAAACAUGGAGAACUUUAUGAAUGGCUACCCUGGCACAGAAUCAAGUACUAGGGCUGCAAUGCUCCAAGUCAUGGGUACCGAAAAUUACGAGUUCUUCUUCGAUCGCUUCCACCACUACUUCUUCACCGAGAAGGAUGCUGAAUUUUUGAAGUCGUGUGGUCUCAAUAGCGUUCGAGUGCCAUUCUCAUACAAGCACUUCGAAAGCGAUCUCAACCCUCGUGUGCUCAAGGAGGACGGUUUCCUCCGGCUCGAUCGAAUCGUCAACAUUUGCUCCGUGCAUGAGAUCUACGUUAUUCUCGACAUGCAUGCUGUCCCUGGUUGCCAAAAUUCUGAUUGGCAUUCCGACAAUCACACCAGCUAUGCUGCUUUCUGGGAUUUCAAAGAUCACCAGGAUCGCACAGUCUGGCUGUGGGAGCAUAUUGCAAGGAGAUACAAGGAUAACACUUGGGUUGCAGGUUACAACCCACUUAAUGAGCCCAGCGACUCGGAGCAAGUGCGAGUCGCGGCCUUUUAUGAACGACUCAACCAAUCUAUCCGCGCGAUUGACCCGAACCAUAUGUUCUUCCUUGACGGCAAUACGUUCGCAAUGGAAUGGAAAGGCUUCAAGGAUAUCGUACCUAAUUCGGUCUAUUCUAUCCAUGAUUAUAUCAUGAUGGGAUUUCCAAUUGGGCAGCGAUAUGUAGGAAGCAGUGAACAAAACGCGAAGCUACGGCAGCAAUAUAAGCGGAAGCGUGAGUUUCAGGACCAGCAUGGUGUACCUAUUUGGGUGGGAGAAUUUGGCCCGACAUACGAGAAUUCAGACCCAGACUCUGCAGCUAUAAACACAUGUCGAUACAAUCUGCUGAGGGAACAGCUUAGAGUCUAUGAUGAGGAUCAACUCUCCUGGAGUAUCUGGCUCUACAAAGACAUUGGCGUCAUGGGCAUGAUCUCUACAUCGCCAAAGUCCGCGUGGUCUACGCUACUGAAACCAUUCCUGGGACGUAAAGCACAGCUUCAGGUGGACAGUUUCACUACCCACAAAUCGGAGAGGGUUGACAAAUUGAUCAAUGACCUAGCCGAGUGGAUCGAUGAAGUGUCGCCGGCUGCCAAACGCACGUAUCCCUCCAAUUGGGAUACUAAGCAGCAUAUACGCCGGAAUACCUUACAAACCUUUCUUGCUACAACUCUUUGUACCGAAUUUGCGGAGUUAUUCCGGGGAAAGACGCAGGCGGAUUUGGAUGAGCUUGCGAAGAGCUAUGCGUUUGAGAACUGUGUGCAGCGAGAGGAAUUAAAUGCUAUCCUUGCUAACCGCUCAUGUUAA